AUUCCCCUGUUUCCUCAGCCUCCAGCAUCCCGUAUAAAUACGCGGCGCCCCGCUCCCGCCACUCGCCGCACACAAGAACAUCAACACGCAGCUCUCAGAACAAAUCAAGAAAAGAAAGCUCUCUCACUCAUCCCCUCACUCGUUCCUUGCUCAGCUCAUUUCCAGCACGCUGCGUUAGUUGAUCAGAAGCGCGUUGGCCAUUAACUGGCAGCCGCAAUGAGCGAGCUGAUCCCUGGGUUACCGGAGGAGGUGGCAAGGGAGUGCCUCAUCCGUGUGGGGUUCGACCAGCUGCCGGCGGUGCGGCGCAUCUCGCGGCAGUGGAAGGAGGAGGUCGAGUCGCCGGACUACGGCCGCCUUCGCCGCGCGGAGGGGCUGGCCCGGCCGGUGCUCGCUCUGGUCCAGGCCCAGCCGGAGCCCGUCGAGCCAGGCCCGGCCCACAAACACUCGUCGGCCAACGGUGGGCCGGCGAAUGACUACCGAAUGGUGCUGCUGGACCCGGCGGAGGGCCGAUGGGCCCCGAUCCCGGUGCUGCCCGGCCCAACCGGGAGCCUGCCUCUGUUCUGCCAGGUGGCCGCGGUCGACGGCGAGCAUGGGAGGAGCAGGAAGCGGCUGGUGGUCGUCGGCGGGUGGGACCCCGACACGUGGGCGCCCACGGACGCGGUCCACGUGUACGACUUCCUGACCGGCGCGUGGCGCCGCGGGGCGCCCAUGCCGGGCCCGCGCCGGUCCUUCUUCGCCUGCGCCGCCGUCGGUAAGGCCGUGUACGUGGCCGGCGGGCACGACGAGGAGAAGAACGCGCUCCGGUCGGCGCUGGCGUACGACCCGGACGCCGACACGUGGGCCACGCUCCCUGACAUGGCGGAGGAGCGAGACGAGCCGCGCGGGCUCUGCUUCGGCGGCAGGUUCCUCGUCGUCGGCGGGUACCCGACGCAGGCCCAGGGCCGGUUCGCGGGCUCGGCGGAGGCCUUCGACCCGGCGACAUGGGCCUGGGCCCAAGUCCAGGAGGGCCUGCUCGAGGACGGCGCGUGCCCGAGGACGUGCUGCGCGGCGCCGGGAGGGCAGCGCAUGUACAUGCUCAGAGACGGGCAGCUAGUGGCGCGCGAUGGCGGCGGCGGCGCGUGGCGCACGGUGGCGCCCGUGCCGGAGGACGCCCGCACCGCGUCGACCGUCUGCGCUAUCCCCGGGGGACACGUCGUGGUCAUCGGCUCCGGGUGCCACGGAGGCGAGCAGACCGUGUACAUGCUGCGCGACGUGGCCGGGAAGCCCGCUUCCUGGGCGCGCGCGCCGGCGCCGCCGGAGUUCUCCGGGCACGUGCAGGCUGCCUGCUUCCUAGAGAUCUGAACGCUCAGGCGCAUGUACAGAAUCAUGCAUAGAUGUAACUAAACAGGGGCGUUUUCGUGCGCCAUGUCUCGAGUUUUGCGUAGCAACCAUGUAAAUAAGGAAAGGAUGGUUAAACGAGUAAAGAAAGAUAAUGUAAGUGCCAUGGAAGAAAAGGACGGUAAACGAGUCCAGAAAGAUAAUGUUCGUCAAAGUAGUUUGUGGUCCCGCUUAUGUUUUUUAUUUUGCUACAACGAGAGGUGUAGAAGAUGGAGUUGCUCUACUCCAAUUGGGGUGCCCAUUUUUGUCUGUUCUUGUUCUGCUGGAACAUUUUCGGAGCUUCUGGACGGCAGAGCAGAGCUCUUCUGUUCUACUCCAAAGGAAAAAAGAUUCUAUUUCGAGAGUGAAAA